AUGUUCUCGCCAGCGCCAGCGAUUCCGAGCAGGAACGCCGCUCGGCGUCCUGCCAUGAACGACCGUGCUCUACCGACCUCCCAUUCAGCCCGUCCUUAUAUGACUUCGGCGCCGACCCAUCAGGUCAACCGCAGCAUUAGCGAUGUAUUCGAACCAGCACUUGAUGGACCGCCGUCACCAGAGAGCAUCCGAGCCUUCAGUAAACAAAUGAAACGAGCCUCGAACGUCGACAAGCGCCGCAGCGCAAUGACAACAUCGUCGGGGUCCUCCUCGCGCCGUUCGACUUUGUCAGACAGAAGAUCGUGGGACCGCGGCUUGGAGAGUCUGAGCUUGUCGAGGGAAUUAUCAGAACGGUCGACAUCGGGCGGCAUGCCUCCUCGCGAUCGCCCUGAGAGCAUGCAGCUCUUCGGGAAGGCUAUUUUCAACCGUCGAGGUAAACUGCGGAGGGAAACCAGUGACGAGGGCCCCUCCAGCAGCUCGUUAUUAUCCUCGGCUGAACCGCCAAUGGAUUCCGGAUCUGCCUUGCCGAGAGAUCAACGGUUCAUUCAGGCCAUGUUUGCACGACGGAGGACCAUGAGACCAGAGGCUGGAGAGUCCCAAAGGAAGCUGCAGAUAUCAGGUCCGUACAACUUCCAGCACGUGUCACACGCGCAAAAGGAGAGCCUGCCGAAUCUCGAAAGUGUCAGCCGUAGGGAAUUGGCGUCCGAACUAUCGAGCAUGCGACCCCGAAGAACAACGGACGCGUCCAUAAUCAGCAUUCAGCCAGAUCAGCUGCGCAUUACAGGCCUCCCGUCGGAUGUCCUCCGUGCCCAGCAAGAUCCAUCAGUCGGGUUGAAUGCUGGGCCGUCUGCGCAAGACCAAGUGAAUAUUGCCCAAUCGCGUCAGAAGACAUUGCCGCCUACACCACCGAGUCCGAGGCGGUUCACCAGGCGCAUCCCGUCCCUAGACAACAUCCGCCGUUCACCACCCCGGCCGCCGAGAUCUCCCACUUCUAAUGCACAAGCGUCGCCGGUUUCUCCACCCCCAAGGACAUCGAGCCGAGCGUCCAUGCGGUAUGACGGGUUUGAUCCUCUGUCUACUACGACGCUAGAGCGCCCUAUGACGAGCGCCGGCUUUCGUCAACCACAGCCGUUCGUGCCGCCGUCACCCGAAGCUUCACGAGACUCAGAUACCCCGGAGCAAGACACAGUUGACGACUUUGUAUUUUCUCACGCUAUCUCGACACCUGACGACGUGGCAUGGCCGCUGACUAUGACCGGAUUCCCUUUCCCUUUAGCUGACGUCCCCGAGGAAGAGGAGUUAACAAGGCCGUCUCGAAUGAGCAUCACAAGCAAUCACUCUUCCCUCAGAGGCAGUGUCUCUGUUCCGCUACUCCGGCAGAUGUCUCUAACACAGACAGCCCAGCGGCCUCCUAGUAGUGCCUCGGAGACUUUGGGCAGGUUUGACCUGUUUGCAGCUCAACGCGCGCUACAGGCCGGCAUUUGCGAAGAGGAUGAAGUCGAAGACCUGAUGCGUGACAACUGGGAAGACGACAUUGAUUACUGUUAUGAUCAUGCGGCGGAGGCUGAUUGUGAAUACGCCUGGGAACGACCUUCGUGUGACAUGACACGAGAAGACAGAUGCGACGAUAAUGGGGCCGUCAGAAGUCGCAUGGAUCCAAGGGGCAGUUCAUGCCCGGUCUCAUCCAAGAUGCUGUCCCCUGUGGGCAUCGACGUUCCCGCGUUGAGCCCUGCGAGCCAGUUCUCCAAUGGAACACAGCAUGAAGCCGUGACUCCUUCCGCUUUGACAGUCCCGGCGGCUUCAAACUUCUCCCUUCCCAGACGCGACAGUUCGGCUCAACUGAGACGUGGAGAUGAUCAAUCACUUUCCCGCGGGUCUAGUUUCAAGGAGUCGCACGGGUUCAACUUGUCACCCUCGCUCCUGAUACCUAACGACUACCAGCAGCAAAUGCUGCAAUACGAGCGAGAGGAAUACGAGCUUGAUGACGAAUAUCUAUCCUCCCAGUUCGCCAAGAACGUGACACUGCGCUCGAGCGCGUCGACCACGGACUCUACCCUCUCCGAGCAUUCGAUGACCUCGAGUCGCCACAAGUCUAUAGCGUCCACAUCUACCGCAUUCACACGAUGGACCGGCAGCAGCACCUCCAGUUUUUUGCAGGUGCACGUCGAAGACCUGCAAACCAUGGUCUCCAAGCCCCACGUCGACAGCGACCACAUAGCCGUCGCCGCCAAUCUGGAGACCCUGCCCGAAGCCGAAGCCGAAGCUCCCGCUCUGGCUCCCUUCAGCAGGCAGGACUCUACCCGCGAGGCAGGACACAACCGAGCGCAAUCCGAGGCGAACCUGCUCUUCAAGAACAGCCGCAAUGCCACCACCACCACGACUGCCGACGCGAAGCAUUCGCGGGAGCCGGUGAAGACGCGCAGGCGGGCGAGGACCACCAGUAGAAGCCACAACAACGCUGCGCCCCAAUUUGCGCUCUUCCCGCCGGUUUCCAACCGCUUCUGA